GGCGCGGGCGCGGAGCCGCUACGUGCGCGGGGAGCGCGGGGCUGCGCUUGUGUGCGCUCGUCGCCGCCGCCGCGCGCCUUUGAGUCAGCAAACUCCGCCGCCCGCCCGCCGGCUGGUGCGAUCUGCCCUGCCCUGCCGGGAGGAGCCGCCCCAGCACGGCUCCUUUCCCAGAGUGCACCGUGAUUUCUGCUCCUUGCUGCUCCUAGUUCCUGUGACCACUUUUGCUGCACACGCAGAAGAUUAACCGGGUCCUGUGAAGAUGUUUCCGGAACAACAGAAAGAGGAAUUUGUAAGUGUCUGGGUCCGAGAUCCUAGGAUUCAGAAGGAGGACUUUUGGCAUUCAUAUAUUGACUAUGAGAUAUGUAUCCAUACUAAUAGCAUGUGUUUUACAAUGAAAACAUCCUGUGUAAGAAGAAGAUACAGAGAAUUCGUGUGGCUGAGGCAGAGACUCCAAAAUAAUGCAUUGCUGGUACAACUGCCAGAACUUCCAUCUAAAAACCUGUUUUUCAACAUGAACAAUCGCCAGCACGUUGAUCAACGUCGUCAGGGUUUGGAAGAUUUCCUCCGAAAAGUCCUGCAGAACGCACUUUUGCUUUCAGAUAGCAGCCUUCACCUCUUCUUGCAGAGUCAUCUGAACUCAGAGGACAUCGAGGCCUGCGUUUCUGGGCAGACCAAGUACUCGGUGGAGGAAGCAAUUCACAAAUUUGCCUUGAUGAACAGACGUUUCCCUGAAGAAGAUGAAGAAGGAAAAAAGGAAAAUGAUGUAGAUUAUGAUUCAGAAAGUUCAUCCUCUGGGCUUGGACACAGUAGUGAUGACAGCAGUUCACAUGGAUGUAAAAUAGGUACAGCUCCACAGGAAUCCUGAAAAAUAAUUCUUAACAUUACUGUCUUAGGAAUAGCAAAUUGUGUCCAGGCAUAGAGAAGAAAGCUUGCUAAUAAUAUAUUCUUACCUAAAGCUCACUGUCAUGAUAUUUAAAUUCUUAAAGAUGGUGGAUUGUCUAUUAGUGGUAUGCAUUUUUAUGUUGUCUACUUUUGACCAAGCUUCUGUAUAAAGCUAAAAGCCUAUGAAUGCCAUACUGUCCUUUAUUGCCAAAUAUUAUUGGUAAACAAGAUCCUGCCCUCAAGUGAAAUGAUUCGUGUUUAAAAAAAAAAAAAACCUACUUGGUUUUAUUGAAUUUCAAAAAGAUAGGUAAACAGGCAACAUAUAAAA